GGGUAGAACGUUUCUUCCCUUUGUCAAACUGAGACUCUGCUACCAAAGUGCCUCUGAUGAUGUGAGCUCUGGAUCACCUACGCUGGAAUACAUUUUGGGAUCUUCAAAGGGCCAUUGGCUUCCAGGUUCAUCCUGCUUCUCACCUUGGCUUCCUCAACUUCAUGUUUUGUGGCCAUGGCAAUGAUGACGUUCCAGCUCCUCUUGAGUGGUUUGGUGCUGCUGAGUGGUCAUUGCACAGCGCAAUUCUACGGCCGGGAAUUCAUCACUGCUCUCAUGCAAAGUUAUGAUUCACAAUAUUCCACUAGGUCAAGCGUCCAGCUGUUCAUCACAGGUUUCCAUGAUUCCACCACAGUCCAAGUGAAAAUGAACACAUCUCCAAACCAGAAAAGUUACUCACUCACAAAGGGGGAAAUGUUGCCUGUGGAGAUCCCAGAAUCUGCAGAAGUGAUAGGCACCAACACAUCCGAUCGCUCCAUUCUGAUUCAAGCAGAAAAUGACAUUUCCGUUGUCUUAGUAUACAGGAAGUUACAUUCUGUGGGAGCCAUGACGGUGUACCCAGCCCAGGAGCUUGGCACAGAAUAUUAUGUGGUCACCCCAUCUGGGAGGCAAUCAACAAGUUACCUCAGAGAAUUUGCAAUCAUAGGCUGGAAAGUUCCUACAAGAGUUGAUAUUCAUUUAAAAGCAGAUGUUACCUUCAACGGACAGUCACAUCAUGCGGGGAACGUACUCCGUGUUUCCCUCCAGGCUCAACAGAUAAUCCAGCUUCAAAGCUUAGGCGAUUUGUCUGGGACUAGGAUACAGUCGGAGAAUCCUGUGGCAGUCUUAAGUGGGCACGUCUGCGUUGAAAAGAAUGCCUACUGUGAUCAUGUUGUUGAACAGCUUCUGCCUGUCUCUGGUUGGGGCACUGCAUUCAUUGUCCCCCCUGUCUUCUUCCAAACCAAUGCAGACAUUGCAUAUGUGGCAGCCAGCCAAAAUACUCGUAUCGAAUAUCAACAGGGGACUGAAAAAAUAAUUCAGGACAUGGUGGCUGGGGAAGUCGUGCAGCUUGAUAUCAGUUUCCCUCAGGCACGCUACAUCUCUGCUGAUGCUGGAAUCCAGGUCCUUUUCUUCUUCACUGGGUUGAAGUCGGGAAAAAAGAUCGUCGAUCCAUUUCUCAUCAACAUCCCUGCCCUGACCAACUAUGGCAAAUCUUACCACAUCGAUGGGAUAAGAGAGUUCAAGAACUACGCUGUUCUCAUAGCGAAAAGGUCAAAAAGAGGAAGCAUUACUAGAGAUAAGCAGUCUAUCAGUGGCAUUCAAUGGAAAGAAGUUCCUGGCACACUCUAUUCAUGGGGUACAUACAACAUGGAAGCAGGAGCCCAGUCGCUAAUCCUGGAGCAUCCGGAAACUCCCUUUGGCGUCUUGGUUUUUGGUAGCAAACAGUUCGAUGGCUAUGGUUUCGCACCACCAGCUCUUCCCUCAUUAGGGCCCAAAUCAACCCUCGGACCCUGCCCCGAGAACAGCCACUAUGAGAAGUGUGGAAAUGGUUGUCCGGCUACCUGCUCUAAUCGGGCUGCUCCCCUCACAUGUGAGGACACCUGUGUGGAAAUCUGCCAGUGCAAUGAGGGCUAUGUCCGAGAAGCUGACCAGUGCGUCCCAAUGGAAACCUGCAGCUGCACCCACAAUGGCAUCACCUACAGGGCAGAGGAGGUGUUCUGGGCAGAUGAGGACUGUCAUUCUCGCUGCAAGUGUGACCCAAGGCUCGGCAAGGCCGUGUGCCUUAAGUCUUCCUGCAAGGGCAACCAGAAGUGCACCUUGGUCAAAGGGGUCCGGGACUGUCGAGCCCUCACCCACUUUACCUGCAUAGGAAGUGGGGAUCCACACUAUACCUCCUUUGAUGGAAGGAAAUUUGAUUUCAUGGGAACCUGCAUUUAUCAGAUGGCAGGCGUCUGCUCCAAAGACCCUGCCCUCACUCCAUUUUUGGUCACGGUGCAGAACAACAACAGAGGCAGCAAGGUGGUAUCCUUCACCAAAGUGGUGACUCUGGAGGUCUACAAUAUGACCAUCAGCCUGAGCCAAGAAUAUCCACAAAAGAUUCAGGUUAACGGAGUCUUCGUGGACUUGCCCUUCUCCUAUGAAAAUAAGUUGAAGGUCUACGCUAGUGGAGUCCAUGGCUUCAUCAAAACUGACUUUGACCUGAGAGUCAGCUUCGACUGGUACAGCUAUGCCAGAGUCAUCAUACCUAGCACUUAUGCCAAUGCUAUCUGUGGACUCUGUGGCAACGCCAAUCAGGAUCCCCAAGAUGACUUCACCAUGAAGGAUGGAACUCAGACAGUCGAUGAAAUCCAAUUUGCAGAUAGCUGGAAAGUGAAGGAUGUCCCAGGGUGCUCAGCAGGAUGCCACGAUAACUGCCAAGUGUGCAAGGAGACAGAGAAACAAACCUAUAAGAGUAACGAGUAUUGUGGGAUCCUCAUUCAAAACGAUGGUCCAUUCAGGCAGUGCCAUGAAGCCGUUGACCCAGUGUCCUCCUUUGAUGACUGCGUCUUUGACACCUGUCUGUACAAGGGUCACCAUGACACUCUCUGUAGCGCUAUCAGUGCCUACGCAACAGCCUGCCAAGCUCAAGGCACCCAGGUUGGGCAAUGGAGAUCGGCUUCCUUCUGUAGUCUUCCCUGUCCACGUAAUUCCCAUUAUGAACAAUGUGGAAACGGCUGCCCAGAAACUUGCAACAGCCUUUUUAAUCAAGCAACCUGUGAGUCUCGUUGCACGGAAGGAUGUUUUUGUGACUCUGGAUUCGUCCUCAGUGGGGAUCAGUGUGUCCCCCUUGCAGAGUGUGGCUGUGUGCACCGUGGCACAUACUACAAGAGGGGAGAGGAUUUCUACCCUGACUUGUACUGCCAAGAAAAGUGUCACUGCACAAACCUUGGAACUGUUGAGUGUGAACGGUUCUCUUGUGCAUCACACGAAGAAUGCAGGGUGGAAAAUGGCAUCCAAGGCUGCCACCCAAUGGGAUACGGGACAUGUGUAGCAUCUGGUGACCCUCAUUAUAUUUCCUUUGAUGGACGAAGUUUUGAUUUCCACGGCUCUUGCACUUACACUUUAACCAAAGUGUGUAGUGAGGAUCCUCAGCUUCAGAGCUUCUCGGUAUUGGUGGAGAAUGAGAAGUCCAAUGACAGCCCAGAAGUUCUCAUAAGGAUGGUCAUGGUUUCCAUUCAUGGGUACACUGUUGUCCUUCAAAGAGGAAUACAGUGGAAAGUGAUGGUGGAUGGUGAGUUGCACACACUGCCAAUGAAUAAGGAUGGUGGGAAACUCUGGAUUACUCAGGAAGGGAGUAAUAUCGUCAUCCAGUCCUCUUUCGGCUUCACAGUCCUUUAUGACACUCUCUCUUACGUGCGCGUGUCUGUCCCCAGCACCUACCAAGGACAGAUGUGUGGUCUGGCUGGUAACUUCAAUGGAGACCAGAGUGACGAUUUCAUGCUCCCUGAUGGAAGAAUUGCUGAAAGUAUGGUUGAGUUUGGGGUCUCUUGGAAGGUCCCUCUAGAUGGUGUCAGAUGCUCUGAUGACUGUGGAGAGAAAUGUCCUACCUGUGAUGCUGUCAAGACAGCACCGUACAAGUCCGGAGGCUCCUGUGGUAUCAUUCUGUCCAAGUCAGGCCCCUUCAGAGACUGUCAUCCAGUGGAGAGCCCCACUCGGUACUUUCAGCACUGCCUACAUGACUUGUGCGUGGCCAAUGGAAAUCGAGAAUCUCUAUGUCGAAGCAUCCGUGCCUACGUCACUGCAUGCCAAGCAGCUGGCGCCAAAGUUGAUAGCUGGAGAACAGACACCUUCUGUCCCUUUACCUGUCCAGCCAACAGCCAUUACGAGACGUGCACUUCAACUUGCGAUUCCACCUGUGCCAGCUUGUCUACUGUGGCCCAGUGCACAAAGAAAUGCUUUGAAGGCUGCCAGUGUAAUGAGGGCUUUGUGUUUGAUGGGGACACAUGUGUGCCUUUGAAUAGAUGUGGCUGUGUGUACAACGGACUCUACUUCAAGGCAGGAGAGAGCCUCUUCUCAAGAAACUGUACAGAGAAGUGUACCUGCAGUGCCUCCAGCCAAUUCACCUGUGAAGAAACCAGCUGCCCUGCCAAACGGUCCUGUGCACUUAAGGAUGGCGUGUGGGGCUGUGUGGCGCGAGAGGGCCAAUGCACACUUACCCCAGGAGCCCAGCUCACCUCUUUUGAUGGCGCCUCCGCUCAGUACAGCUGCAGUGGAGUCUAUGAUGUAAUCUCUGUUUGUGAUGAAGGCUCGUUGUCCUGGUUCAGGGUGUCAGUGCAUAUUGAAGAGGAAGAGGAGGAGGAGAGUGUAAUAGCUGGGAAGGCUGUCUACGUCCACUUCAAAGAGGCAUCUAUCAUCCUGAAAAGGAACAAAGGAACAUGGGUAAACGGGCGCUUAGUGAAACUGCCAUACAAGAUCUCCAAAGCCAUAACUGUGAGCAUUAUUCGUAGUGACAUCUUGAUUGAUCAGGCCUCCCAAAUGCAAGUUCAUCUCCACCAUGAUGGAGGGUUGACAGUCAGAGUCAAGGAGGACCUGGCAGGGAAAUUAUGUGCCCCGUGCGGAAACUUCAAUGGAGACUCUGCUGAUGACCUGAAGGCACCCAACGGAGAGGUGAAGAAGAAUGUUGCCGAGGUCCUCCGUGCUUGGAAGGCAAAAGACUUCUCUCAUUAGACUAUAUCCUUUAUUUUUAGGGUUGUUAUCAUUGUAUUCGAUGAGAGAUGGAAAACGUUCCUGACAGACUAAAGUGAAAAGGAUCCGCCAUCACCCUUUCUUCCUGUAGCUAACCGGUAACCUUCCAAUGGAAUUCAUAACUUUGUCAGACAGCACACUGUUUCAGAAAAUUCCAGAUCAUCACGACAGCAUCAUCUUACAGGAUAUAACAACAGAAGACUCUGAUCAGCAAAUAUUUGAUAGAAGCAGCUGACAACUCUUUUAUCCUUUUGCAUUUGUUGUCUCCGUCAGAUUUCCAACGAGUUUUGUUUUUGAACAGAUAUAAUGCCCUGCUCCCUUUAAGCACACUGUUUGGAUAAGCAGUAGACAUGAUUUUUAUAUCUAUAUUAAUAGAGCUGUAACUUGGCAAAAAAUGUAAUAUUUUCCUGCAAUUAUUGCAAAAAGGGCAGGGUGAAAUGCAUGAAUGAACUUGUUUAAUUUGACCUGCGACAUCACCUGUUGUCAACAGACUCCACUAUCUCGCAUCAAAAAUUAAGAAUGGAUUCAACCACAUAAACACAGUCCUGCCAGCGCACUACAGAGAUCUCAUAAAAAGUUGUAACUAGAUUUUUGUCUGAUCUCUACUUAUCCCUGUGACAACGCAUGGCCCAAAUUUGAAAUAAUUUUAAAAUAAAACACAACCUCCCAGGCAAUGGUGGGAUUCAGCAGGUUCACACCACUUCGGCAGAACCAGUUGUUAAAAUGGUGCUUUUAUACAACCAGUUGUUAAAUUAUUUGAAUCCCACCACUGGAACCAGUUGUUAAAUUAUUUGAAUCCCCCCACUGCUCCCAAGUACCUUUUAGUGACCUCUCCUGAAACCCUAGCAUUGGGUCAUUCCACACAUGCAGAAUAAUGCACUUUCAAAGUGCUUUCAGUGCUCUUUGAAGUUGUGCCGAAUAUUUAUUUAUUAGGCACUAAAGGCACCACUGAAGUGGCAAAGAAUGACAGACGCCCAGCCGGACAGCACGGUCCAGGGAGACAGACUUACAGCACAAACAAAAAUAAUAAUAACUCUUUGGUAGGGAAGCUCCAGGGUCACAUACAGUCCAGGGCUGUGAGCUACAAGCUGAUGCAGGAAGCGAAUGUUUAUCUUACAAUGCAAGAGAAGCAGCUUAUGCUGGUGUGGAGAAGAGGUUGGAUCCCGCAGCAGCUGUGCAGAAUAGCAAAAUCCACUUUCAAACAGUUGUGAAAGUGGUUUAAAAACGCAUUAUUUUGCGUGUGCAGAAGGGGCCAUAGAACCCUGGUAGACAAACCCUGGUCUACAUAGACGCUGCAGCAGUUCUCCAGGGUAUCAGGGAGAGGUCUUUUACAUUACUUACUACCUGAAUCUUUUAACGAGAAUGCCGGAGACUGCACCAGUGCAGCCAUAGCUAUGAUAUCAUUUUUGGUGGGCAACUUCGGCUUUUUGAUCAUUCUUAAAAGCUUCAACCUGAUUUGAUUUUUAAACCAUUACCCGCUAUAAUAUGAUUAAGCAAUGCUAAGAAUACUGAUAAUUUUAGCAUUUAUCUUCACAGUAAACUGUGGGGUUUUGCAUGUCUGUAUUUUUGCAUGUCUGUAUUUUGUCUUUGUUUUGCUCAAUAAAGAAAACAACUUCUUAUCUCAAUAAAAGGUAAAGGUUU